AUGGCUGCCUGUGGAAGCCUUCAACACAUCUUUGAAAACCCAUUGCCAGAAAACCCAACAACGCUGCUUGAAUCCCUUUCUUCGUGGAAGCCUGUGAAACCCAUUGAGCAGCCAUCGUUUACUACUGAGAUCUUCGGUGAACUCCAUUUCAAAGAGAAUUCUGCAGAAUCACCCCCGUGUCCUGCCAUUCCAGUCUCGCCCGUGUCUUCGUCGUGUUUGAUUGAAAGCCUCAAUAUCAACGAUGGCAGCAAGUACAGCCGCUGUCACAAAAGCAGUGACAGCUUCUCGUCGAUGAGCUCCGACAGCCUUCAGCUGUGCACGGAGGGGCUUGGCUUUGAGAGCUCCGAUGACGUCGAGGACAUGGGGAAUGAGAUGAGUGAAGAUUGGCAAAACCACGAGGAGAAAAUAAGGGUGACAAGGCAUCAUCAUUUUCCGUCGUCUGAGAAUCAUGGCGGCGAAUUCAGGAGGUCGAGGACAAGUGGGGCCGGGGGAGGAUUUCCUCCGCCGAUUUCUUGCAUCGGAAAGAGUGGAAAGCCUUGGGUUUGCUUCAAAUCUUAUAGGCAGGACGGCAGGUUUGUUCUCAAGCAGAUAAGGAUUCCCACCCAGGAAUUCCUGCAUGCGUGUAGAGAAGAUGGGCGCCUCAAGUUGAACUUUGUUCAGCCAAAUGAUGAGAUUCUAGAAGAAGAAGAAGAAAUGGACGAUGAAGAUCAAGAGGACACUGAUGAUGACGACAAAGAAGGCAAGGAAGACGAUGAUGGUGGAAGCAAUGGAGGAAAAGACGCAGAAAGUUUCGUAAUAGCUAGGUAG